UGAAGGAGAUCCUGAAUCACUCUUCAAUUUCGUUCGCUAUUUAAAUGUGUUUAUGUAACAAAACUUACAUGGAUAAUUGAUGUAACAAUAAGGGAGCAACAUUAUGUCUGUCUUGAGCUCGGACAUGAAAACUAAUGGUUUUAAGUUGAUGAGAUUAAUUGUUGAUGUUGGUGGAGAAGCUUUGAGAAUAACAUUGAGGAAACAACUCUCAGCUUGGUUCAAAGGCGAUACUUCUCAAAAUCGUGCAUUUGUUAUUUCUGCUGUUGCUGGUAUGGGAAAGUCUGUAAUUGCAGCUACUUUAUGUAAACGUUAUCCACGAUAUUUGACUGCAAUUCAUUUCUUUCAACACAACAAUAGUCGUUACAAUAAAGCCAAUGUACUUCUUCAAUCUUUGGCGAUGCAAAUUAGUCGUAAUUUUCCUGCUUACAAACAACUUCUUGUGAAGAAACUUUCUGGUCAACUCUCUGAGCCUUUGAAUAACAUGAAUGUAGAAGGAUUAUUUUCUCUUCUUUUCACCGAGUUGUUUUAUAAUAUCUCAGAAGUUCCCAAGCGAAUGUUAGUUGUGCUUGAUGCUCUUGAUGAAUGUGGUUAUCCAGAAAGAGAUGACCUUGCUUAUUUGCUUGCUAAUCAUUUACACAAACUUCCGCCUAGUUUUCGUUUUGUAAUUACAACCAGACCUAACGAAGUUGCUUUGAAUAAGUUCGAAAAAUUAAAUCCACUGUUCAUUAAUUGUAGCGAUGAUCGCAAUUUAAAGGAUAUUAAAUUAUUGAUUGAAGAAAGAAUUGGCUCUACUUACAGCCUUCCUGAUGUUAAAAACAGUUUGGCAGAAAAAGCUGACGGACUUAUGUUGCUUGCGUCACUUCUUAGCAGCGAAGUCAAAAAUCAGGAUUUGUUGAAAGGUUCCAUACCAAAAGAUCUCAGUGAAUAUUACGAAAUUUGCUUAACAAGAUUAAGUAAGGAAUUAGAUUCGUUUGAUAUCAGUAACGAAAAGUUUCAGUCAAUAUUAAAUGCUCUGGCUGUUGCUAAAGAACCUCUUCCUUGGAAAAUGAUCGAUGACGUUCUUUGUUUGAAUUCGAAUCGCAUAUCACUUGGGGUUAGAAAAAUUAUCUCUUGUCUGUUUGUUAGCAAUGAAGAAGGAUGUGUUUCGUUUUUUCACAAAUCCUUAAAUGAUUGGUUGUUGAACGAUCGAGAACAUGAUUACUCAGUAAAAACUUCUUUUGGUCAUCAACGUGUUUCAGAAUUUUGUUUAAAAUCUUUGGAUAACCUCAAAGCUGAAGGUGUAAACUAUGACAUCAUCAAACAUGUGACAGUGAGUUAUUCAGUCAAGUAUUGGUUGCUUCAUUUACUUGCUAUAUCUGAUAAUGAAUGUAUCGUUGAAAAUGUUGGUAAAUAUCUUGUUGAUUUAGAAAUUUUAGUUGCUUCUGUGUUGGUUGAUGCUCGUCGUACUUUUGAAAAUUUUUCCUUAUUCAACGCACAUGAUGUGUACUUUCGUAUUUCUGAGGACAUUCGAUUGUUAUUUAAUGAUGUUUAUUCUGUAAUGACGUACUCUAUGCGCUUUGGCAAUGAAGUAUUUUUUUUGCAAAACGUUGCCAACGACGUCAAAAAUCUGUCGUCUCAAGCCAUCACAAUGCUUCAAACACGUUUCAAAGAUUCACCAUAUCUAGAGUGCAGAGACACGGGUUUUGUGAAGUGUCGAUUAUUGCGUUUAAAUCAAAAUUUAAUCUCUGUUGAUGUUUCACGAAAUCACGAUUACGUCGUCUGUUGUUAUAAAGGAUUCAUCGUGCAACUUUUUUCAUUAAGAACAAACAGAUGUUUAUGGAUAAAAAAUAUUGCUGGUCAGCUUAAGCAAUAUAAAGAGAGGAAAUUUUGCGUUGUCUUUCAUCCAUUCAAAAAUUUAAUUUUUGCUUCCCAGCUUGAUAAGAUAUUAGAUAUUAAUGGUAAAAUUUCCUUCAGUCCGUUCUAUUGUGAUGAUUCUACUUCUAAGUUCUUUACCAACAAAUGUUUUUCUAAGGAUAAGUACACAAUGGUCACUAGUUACAAAGAUACUUUGACAGUAUGGGACGUUGAGAAAGGUGAGAAGAAACGCAGUAUUAGAUGUAAUAAUGUGACCUCACUGUGUUUUUCUAAUUCUGGAAGAUAUUUGUGUGUUAUUGAGGAAGAAAUAGUGGUUCAAAUAUUUGAUGUAGCGAAUAAUUGUAAAUUGAUUGUUUAUGGCGAUCAUUUACCUUGUAAUGAGGACAGCGAGAUUCGUAUUUUGUUCACUGUUGGUCUUCAUUCUUGGUGUUGUGGCGAUCGUAUUUUUAUGGAUGAUCAUUUCAUUGUAAAUCCCACUGGUGAGAAACUUCCUGACUUUGAUCCUGAUUCCCAAACUUCGUUUUUUUCUCUUGAUCCUUUCGAUGACAACACAUCUAACUUUUCCUUUGAUAGAGCAGAAAAGUAUUAUUUCAUUUUGUGUAACGACAAUGUUCUUUUGUUUGAUUACGGAUAUGACUUUUAUCUUUAUUCAAUACCGCGUGCAUGUUUAACUAACAGUUACACUUUUUAUAACGAGAAAUUUUGCUCAAAUGGAAAAUUUCUUUAUCGGAGCAAUGAAGAAAAUUCAAGGAUAAUUAUAUACAAUCUCAACUCAUUUGACUUUGUUGUCAAGGAAUGUUUUUUUAGUGACAUGGUUGCUGUUGAAAAUGGAGUUAUUUUGCUUACGGCAAAAAAUAUUCCUGAGCUUUGGAAUGAUGAUUUGACAAAACUUUUUUAUAGUUUCGAUGAACAAAAAGGUACAAAAAAAAUUUUUGAGGUGAGUGAUGUAUCAUUUGCUUGUCAAAAAACUGAUUCUUUUGUGUUUUUCAAUGUUGAAGACAAACGAAAAGAACUAUCAGUGAAUUUUGAAAAUUAUCGAAAUGUGCACGUAUUUGCAUGUAGCUCUAAGUAUCAGGUGUUUGCUAAAGUUGAAUUUAAGGGUCAGAUAAUUUACUGUAUGUGGCAUGAAGACAAGCUUGUUAAUGGUUGGGAUGACGUAAUUCAGGAGGAAAUCGCCAAUUUAUUCGCCCACGACGACAUGGAAAAUUACAUGCAUGAUGUUACUUGCUGUAUAAAUUACGCUGCUUAUUCACCUUCAGCUGAUAAUUUAUUAGUAUAUAAUUAG